GGGUGGUGGAUCGCCGACGCUGAUCUCGAGGAAAGUUGGCCAAAGUCCACAUCUUGACAGCAAACCUCCCGACGCGUUCAAUUGCACCGCCUGUUCUCCCCUCUGUACAUAUCAUAAUAGAUGGACUCAUUGUAGUCGAGAUUUUCCCUUUUCGCAUUUUCGUCGCGCCCCCGCCCCCGACACUCCUUCAAGAUGGGCCUCGUGUCCUUCAUAACGGGCUUCGUCGCCCCUAUCUUCAUCAUCAUUUCGCCCAUCACUUCCUACGCCGACCAGACGUAUUCGAUGCACCGGGCGAAAUCUAGCGCUGGAUUUUCGUUAGAUAUCCCGUUGAUUAUGCUGGUUGCAUCGAUGCUGAAAGUGUUCUACUAUCCAGGCGCGAGAUUCGAUACAGCUUUGCUCAUACAAGCGUUCAUUAUGAUUGUGAUUCAAUUGGUGCUAUUGAAAAUAGCCCUCGACCACCGACCGUCCCCUUCGUCGAAGGGAGGAGAAGCAGCAAUCCCGUUCGCCGGGGCAAGAGACAGAGAAUUCGACAUUCCAAGACCGUAUAAUUUCUGGCAAUGGCGGUCCCAUAAACCAUACUGGCAGUUCCUCCUCUACCUCUUCAUCUCCCUGGUCGCGCUCGAACUCCUGAUCUCCCCUAUUCCAACCCUUUACGCCCUCUACUCCGCAGGCCUCGGCGCCAUCGGCCUCUCCGUCGAAGCCACACUCCCGCUCCCGCAAAUCCUGUCCAACUACAAGUCUCGCUCCUGCAAAGGGUUUCGUGUCUCCGUUAUCGCAAACUGGAUUGCUGGUGAUAUCAUGAAGAUGUUUUGGUUCUUUACGGCGACCAGUGAGAUACCCUGGACGUUCAAGCUGUGUGGCAUAUUCCAGAUGUGCUGUGAUUUGUUCUUAGGCGGCCAGUAUUUUGUGUAUGGGGAUGGGGAAGCGGGCAAGAUGGUGAAAGAGCAUGCUCAGGGAUUAGGGAUGGAGAUGAGGAUGAAUGGGCAUGCGAAUGGGCCGAGGGCGAGGACACCGGCUGGAGAAAAGGAUGCGUACUUGGGAGAUUGAGCUAGAUUAGAAUUACACGUUUUCGACAAGCUGCAUUUACCUUUGAAUCCGCUGCUGGGACUCCCU